GGUGCCCUGCUCCGCUGCUGCCUGCACUUUGCCCUGGUCCUGCAAUGGCUUCAACCCGUGCCAGGCCCAUGCUGCCUCUGCUCCUAGUCCUGCUCGCCGUUGUGAUCCCCGGGCCUGGCGGUGCUCAGGUGUCCAUCCAUCCCACAGAAGCCUUCCUGCCUCGGGGUGGAUCCGUGCAGGUGAACUGCUCUUCCUCUUGCGAAGACGAGAACCUCAGCCUGGGCUUGGAGACUAACUGGCUGAAAGACGAACUAGAGAGUGGGCACAGCUGGAAGCUCUUCGAGCUGAGCGACAUUGGGGAAGACAGCAGACCACUGUGCUUUGAGAACUGUGGCACCACGCAGUCCUCGGCUUCUGCCACCAUCACUGUGUAUUCGUUCCCAGAGCGAGUGGAGCUGGAUCCUCUGCCCGCCUGGCAGCAGGUGGGCAAGAACCUCAUCCUGCGCUGCCGGGUGGACGGCGGAGCACCGCGGAGCCAGCUCUCAGUAGUGCUGCUCCGUGGGAAUGAGACACUGAGCCGCCAGGCAGUGGAUGGGGACCCCAAGGCGAUCACAUUCACGGUGCUGGCCAGCAGAGGCGACCACGGAGCCAAUUUCUCAUGCUUCACAGAACUGGACCUCAGGCCGCAAGGGCUGUCACUGUUCAAGAAUGUCUCCGAGGUCAGGCCGCUCCGGACUUUCGAUCUUCCGACUAGGGUCCCGAAGCUUGACGGCCCUGACCUCCUGGAGGUGGGCACCCAGCAGAAGUUCUUGUGCUCCCUGGAAGGCCUGUUUCCUGCCUCUGAAGCUCAGAUAUACCUGGAGAUGGGAGGCCAGAUGCUGACCCUGGAGAGCACAAACAGCAGAGAUUUUGUGUCAGCCACUGCCUCAGUGGAGGUGACUGAGAAGUUGGACAGAACCCUGCAGCUGCGCUGUGUUUUGGAGCUGGCGAACCAGACCCUGAAGACGGAGAAGACCUUGAGAAUCUACAACUUUUCAGCUCCCGUCCUGACCCUGAGCCAGCCGGAGGUCUCAGAAGGGGACCAAGUAACUGUGAAGUGUGAAGCCCACGGUGGGGCACAGGUGAUGCUUCUGAACGGUACUUCCCCCAGGCCACCCACCUCACAGGGUACUUCCCCCAGGCCACCCACCUCACAGAUCCAAUUCACACUGAAUGCCAGCCCGGAGGAUCACAAACGACGCUUCUUUUGCUCUGCGGUCUUGGAGGUGGAUGGGAAGUCCCUGUUUAAAAACCAGACCUUGGAACUCCAUGUGCUGUAUGGUCCUCACCUGGACAAGAAGGACUGCUUGGGGAACUGGACCUGGCAAGAGGGGUCUCAGCAGACUCUUACAUGCCACCCCCAGGGGAAUCCAGCCCCUAAUCUGACCUGCAGCCGGAAAGCAGAUGGUGUCCCGCUGCCCAUUGGGAUGGUGAAGUCUGUCAAACGGGAGAUGAAUGGUACCUACGAGUGCCGUGCCUUUAGCUCCCGUGGGAGUAUCACCAGGGACGUGCACCUGACAGUGCUGUACCAUGAUCAGAAUACCUGGGUCAUAAUUGUUGGUAUGUUGGUACUGAUCAUUUCGGCCUUCGUGAUCGUGGCGUGCGUUUACACCUAUUACCGCCAGAGGAAGAUCAGGAUAUACAAGUUACAGAAGGCUCAGGAGGAGGCCCUAAGACUCAAGGUACAAGCCCCGCCUCACUGAGCCCACUGGACAGGACACCUGCCUGGGCCCUGCUGCUCUUGAACAGAUCAAUGGACAGCAUUUACCCCUCACCCACCUCCUCUGGCUGUCACAAGACAGGACAGUGGCCUGGGGAUGCAUACUUGUAGCCUCAGGCCUAAGAGGACUCGGAGGGAGCAAGACUGUGAAUUCAUGACCUGGACACACCUACAGCCUGGUGGGCCCGCAGCCAAGAAAGGCUGACUUCCUUCUCUAUUACCCCUGCUGAGGGGCCCCCUACCUUAGGAAGGUGUGAUAUCCGGUAGACACAAGCAAGAGAAGAAAAGGAACACCAUGCUUCCUCUGACAUGGGAAAGCUGGGACACUGUCCCCAACUCUUGUUGAUGUAUUUAUUAAUUCAGAGUUCUGACAGUUAUUUAUUGAGUACCCUGUACAGACACUAGAGGAGUGAGCAGGUUAACAUGUAAGUUAUUGCCUGGACCCUGGUGCAGGGGCACAACAGAGUCUGGGGAAAGAUCAUACGGGUUUGGGCUUCUCCACAGGUCAGGGUGCUUUCCUCAAAAGGGCUGAUUUCUUUCACGAGUCAUAGAAAUACUAUGUGGACGAGCAGUGGCCCUCUGCUCGUAGACCUCUCUGGGACCCCUGCCUCCUCCUCAGCCUGGAGUCUCCCAGCACCAGCAUGGGUGACCACCUCCCCACCUACAUACAUUCCUACCUUUGUUCCCAAUGUCAACCACCAUGCCUAAAUAUGGACGCUCACCUUUAGCAGCUCAACAAUGGAGUCUCAUGCCCCUGAAAUUAUGGUCAAUCCCUGCAUGCCUCCACCCGGCUCCACCUCAAAGAGAAUGCCUGGGAGAAAAUGUUCCAACCACUUAGAAGGGUCCUGCAAGCUGUUGUGGGAGGGUAGGCACCCCUCCCAGCGCAGAAGCCUUUCCUUUGAAUCAAUAAAGUUUUAUGUGGGUCUGA